UGGCUAAAGCCAGUGAAGAAGAAGUGAAGCCAGGAUUUGAACCCAGGCUGCCUGGAAGCAGACACUCAUUCAAAGCCACACCUAUCACGCGGUCACAGCAAGCGGCUGACGUGCGCUUGGGGCCAAGGGGGCAGAGUUCGCUCAGUCGUGUAUGUUCGGAAAAAGGAUGUGCUGCUGUGCUCAUGUUGAUGGGAAAUGAGUGUGGAUCCAGUGCUGACGAGGGAGCGAGCAGAGGGGGAAGCGGCACACAGCACUGUUUGUAGAGACGGGGCGCGCUCUGUGGCUGCCAGAGCUGGCCCAGAACAGCUCAGGGCCGCAGGCUGGUCAGAAGGGAGAAGCCGGGCACGAGUCUUGAGGCUGAGCUUGCAGAGCAAACUCAAUGUUUUUACUUCGAUGGCCGGGGCGGAAGGGCGAGAGGGCGAGGGCUGCGGCCCGGUGGGGCUGCUGCUGGAGCACUCAUUUGAGAUCGAUGACAACGCCCACUUCCGGAAGCGGGGCUCACUGCUCUGGAACCAGCAGGACGGCACCUUGUCCCUGUCACAGCGGCAGCUCAAUGAGGAGGAGCGGGGCCGACUCCGGGAUGUGGCUGCCCUGAACGGCCUGUACCGUGUCCGGGUCCCACGGCGGCCUGGGACCCCUGAUGGCCUGGAAGCCGGUGGCUUCGUCUCCUCCUUUGUCCCCGCGUGCUCCCUGGUGGAGUCGCACCUCUCGGACCAGCUGACGCUGCACGUGGAUGUGGCUGGCAACGUGGUGGGCGUGUCGGUGGUGACGCACCCCGGGGGCUGCCGGGGCCACGAGGUGGAGGACGUGGACCUGGAGCUGUUCAACACCUCGGUGCAGCUGCAGCCCCCUGUCACGGCCCCAGGUCCUGAGACGGCGGCCUUCAUCGAGCGCCUGGAGAUGGAGCAGGCCCAGAAGGCCAAGAACCCCCAGGAGCAGAAGUCCUUUUUCGCCAAAUAUUGGCACCUCAUCCUGGGGGGUGCCGUGUUGCUCACAGCCCUGCGUCCUGCUGCCCCGGGGCCCGCACCGCCGCCACAGGAGGCCUGAUGGAUGUACAUCAUUCCUGUCGUCCUGUUCCUCAUGAUGUCAGGAGCGCCAGACGCCGGGGGCCAGGGCGGGGGUGGAGGCGGUGGUGGCGGCGGGGGCAGUGGCCGGUGAGGAGCCCAGGGCCAGUCAGUGCCCCGUCCUCUUUGCCCAGGGGACCCCCUUCCUGCCCAGAGUGCCCAUGUCCUUGGUCAUCCCCAGAAGGCUCUGCCAGCCUCCCGCCUCUCCGUCCCCAGGAGUCCCUUCCCUCGGGGCCUUGGUUGUCCUGUCGCUGGGGGACCCUGUUGCCCCCCCCUUCCCUGGGGCCCCGCUGUAGCCCCCAAAGCUUCCCUGUGCCCCCAGGAUGGAGCACCAGCUCCUGAGCAGCUCUGACCUUGUGUCCGGCCCCUACCCCCCAAGCCCCCUAGUUUGGGAACGUGCCGAGCUCUCUCCAGCCUCCGUGCCUUUGUGCGCCCUCUUCCCGCCCUGCCCGAGCCCCUGGGUAGAUGCUCACCCUCGCUCCUCUGACACUGGAUCUGGCCUGACUCUGGAUCGGCCCCGCCUCCCAUCUCUCUGUCUGCCCUUGAGGGCACGGAGCAGGCUGGGCUGGCUGUGGGUGCCCGGCCCCUUGCCCCGAGGCCCUGCCCUGGGCCCGCCCUGCCCUCCGUCUGCCUGGUGCCCGCGGCCUGUGUGACUUCAGGGACGCCGGGCCCUCCGCAGGCUGCUGGGCUCGAAGCAGUGACGCUUCAAGUCAAGACGAACUAAUGUUUAGUGGAGUCAGGGGCCCGAUGACGUAAACUGCAUCCCUUCCCCGCCUGGAAUGUCUUCCCCGGACGCGGCGUUGGGAGAUGACGGCCAGGCCUUUGCCAUUUGUCCCCUCCUGUCUAUUUAAAGACGUUGACAAUGUAUGGAAACGUGUAAAUGUUUUGAGAAGCAACAACUUCCAGGAGCCAAGUGCACCUGCGGAUUGGGCUGCGAGGUGGUCACGGUGUCCAGGUGGCCCCCGUUCACUUGACGUGUUAUUCGGAAACAGGCAAAACUGGCCGUCGUCGCCGUCAUGGCUGUGUGCCGCUUGCCGCGUUGGGUGGCAGUCGAUUAAACUGUUCCCCGAAGGCUCCCCCUUCAGCUCGCUUCCUGCCGGAUGUGGCUGUAAACAGCGUUCCAGCCAGUGCUGUCA